UAUUGAUGAGUCGAAAUCUAUCGCCACGGAGAUUCUAAAAUGUGUUAGAUAAAUGGCAUUAUAUAAAAUGUUCAGAAAUCAAGAUCCAUUUCUUUGUGAAGAAUCUAUACAUGGGGAAUCAAACAGAAGAUCAAUUUCUGAAUUUUGUAAAGGAUAGAGUGUAGAAGGCGGUAUGAUGAUCAUGAUGACUAGGGUCCUUGCGAAGUGAUUCAGAUUACCGAUAAGAAUUUGAAUGAGCGCACUAUUGAUAUAGCUAUAGGAAUGCGAUAUGAUAAUGAUGCCAAAUUGAUAUAUAUUGGAAAGAAACAUAUCAAUUUAGUAUCAAAACAUCAAAGUGAAAAGAAGAUCAUUCCAUUGAUCAGUGAUAUAUUUUUGAUGAUGUUAAGGGUAUUGAAUAACAUUUAUUGGGAUGUUAGGAAAAAGGUGAAGUGGACAAAUAAGCACUUGAAGAGAAAUUAAGGUAACAGAGAUUUGGGGAGAAAAAGAGAGAUCGAUCUAGUAGUCAAGAUUCAUCGAAAUCGGAGAGUCUGGAUAAGAAGAAGAAUGCUAUAGUCUUGAAUUUACAAGUGAUUCCACAACAGAAAAUUAUUACACCUCCAAUUGUGGACAUUUAGCCUGUGUAAUUGACAAGUAAUUGAGUUGAGUGAUGUAUUAGUUCCCAAGGAGACCAUCUAUAUCUUUGGGAUUCCAUAAGAAUUCAAUUUACAAGAGUGUUUGAUGGAUAUUAAAAAUAGAUUGAAAUUAUAGUAAUUACCAGAAGGAACUUUCAAGAGUGAAAAAUAGUAAGAUCAUAUUUUUGAAUAUUUGGAAGUGCAGUUGGAAAUGUUGUAGAAGAAUGUCUCAUUAAAAAUUAAGAAUGUGCCAUGUCUUAUAUGCUAGAAGAAAAAGAAGUCUGACUCAUUUUCAGAUAUACUCAAACAAUAUUAAUUAUUCAUAAAAACACAACAUCCAAUCAAUACAAACAAACUGUUGAGCAUUUUCCAAUAAUAUGGCGACAUCAUUGGAUUAUAUGAAAUACUACUUAAGUAAGCAGCAUAAUCUAAUUUAAAGUCAGGAGGAAUCCUCUAACUCUUAUUGCAUAGUCUACACAUCUGAUCAAUUUAUCAAACAAUUGAAACCUCCUGGAUAAAUUGAGAUUCCUGAAGAAAAGACAAUUUGCGAAUAUCGAGUACCAGAUCAAAAUGUAGUCUCUUUUCAACGAAUCCCGUAUAAAAGCACUUUACAUGCAUAAAUAACAAGAGAUUCUAGUAGUUCUAGUAGUAGCAGCUCAUCAUCAUCAGUAAGUCAAUUCAUUAUGAUUAAUAGUCUUCACGGAGCAGAAGUGAUAGCAACCCUAGAAAAAAAAAAUAAUACAGUAUAUAUCUAUUAUUAUACAUAUAAUUUUAGAUAAAAAUAAUUACAACAAUCGGAAAAGAUAAAACUAUAGGAGAAACAAUAAUUAUUAUGACAAUUGAGAUUAG